AUGAAAAUCCUCUUUGGUCUAAUUGGAUUCGUCUUCCUUGGCUUAUAUUUUUGUGCCACCUUCCUUAAUACGGAAGUGUCGAUUUUCAGCGCAUACGGCUGGAACUUACAAAGUGACAACUCUCUGGAAUGGAAAACAUGGUCCAACAAUGCGCCCAAGGCACGUUCACCGAAUGUCAAGGGGCACAUUCCGCGGCUAGAAAGACCAAGCAGCGAAAAUGCAGAGGAAGAUGACUUAGAGGCAGAAAAUCGUCUGGUAGACACAACAGUCGAUGCAAAAACUGAGAGCAAAUCUUAUGACUCAAAAACCAGUGAAAAAGAAAGCCCCGAACCAGAAUUCGAAGAAAAAUCGUCGAAUUCCGAAAAUGAUGACUCAUCGAAAUCCUCAAAACCCGUCGAAAACUCUAGUUCAACAGAAAAUCUUGAAGAAAUCUCUUCAGAAGAAUCUACUUUCCCCGAAAAUGAUUCGCCAAAAACUCAAAAAUCACAAGAAAAAUCGGCAAAAGAAAAGCUCUUCAAAAUGACAUUCAACCAAGAAAACGUAAUUGUAAAAGAAGGAAUGAGCAUGAAAGAAAUUCAUGAAAAGCUCAUGACCAGAUUGCCGAAACCGUAUUAUGAAGAAGUUUUGAAAAUGCAAUAUCCUUUGGAAAAUUACGAAAGCCACAAAAACAAAAAUUCCAUUAUUAACUGUACGUCGUAUUCUCGAGAGCGAAUCAACAUUUUGUUCUGGUUCGCCGGGCCGCGAAAAGAUGAGCGCCGAAAGCCCUUCAAAGAACGUUGGAUCGGCCCAGGAAAUCACGAAUAUUGUGGCGACUGCUUCAUCACCCCAAAUCGUCGUUGGAAAGAAAAGGCCGACGCCAUCGUUUUUUCAAAUGGCAAGUUGCUUUCCUGGCAGCUUUCUGGACAUUAUCCGUCUGAGCAUAAUUACGAAAAGCCGUAUCCGCCCUGGCCAGAUGUGACGAAAAGGGAUGAAAAACAAUGGUGGGUGUUUUACAACAGAGAAAGUGCUGUUAAGAGCAUCAAUCAACAACCCUUCUUUUUCUACAAAAAGUCCUCUGAAAUCGAAUCCGCAUUCAAUGGAACGAUGAAUUAUCGCCGCGACUCAGAUUUCGUAAAAUCCUUUGGUGAUGGAUCCCGUGCCAAUGCCGACCGCUAUUUUGUCAAUGGAACGAGAAAGGGAAGCGACGAGAGUUAUUUGCAAGGAAUUCUAGAGGAGAAGAAAUUGUUGGAGGAAGAUGUGGUUGCGGCGUGGUUUGUUUCGGACUGUGAUCAUACUGUAGGAGCAGAAAUGAGAUGGGCGUAUGGGAAGAGGAUGAUUGAUGCGGGCAUCAAAAUCCACGGAGAGGGCGAGUGCUUCAACAAAGUAACGGACCGCAAAUUUUCGAGGAUGUCGACCGCAGACUUCAACCUCGAGCACGUUAAAUUCUACCUCGCCUUCGAGAACGCCUAUCACUGCGACGACUACAUUUCCGAGAAAUUCUGGCGAAACGCGUUGACGAAUCGGGCGGUUCCGAUUGUUUUCGGGCCGAGAAUUGGGGAUGUUGAUAAAGUUGCGCCGCCGAAUAGCUUUAUUCAUGCAGAAUGGUUUAGUUCGCCGGAAUUGUUGGUUGAAUAUGUUAACUGGUUGGCGGAAAAUGACGAUGAAUAUUUAGAUUACCAUCGCUGGAGAAAUAUCGCCCCAGAAAAACUAGCCCAUCCAAUCGAAGCAAAAUUCAGCGCCCGAGUCGAAGAUAUGGCACUUUGUAAUUUGUGCCGCAAGAUUCGGGAAAACCGCGAAGGCGGAAUUCGCCAAUACUACAAAUCUAUAAUGAAAUGGUGGUCGUUAGAUGCCAGUCCAGAGUGCCAAAUGGACACGGUUUAUCCGGAAUACUUGUACAAAAUUAAAAACAACAAGGUCGUCGAAAAAAUUGACGGCAAAAGCUAA